AAGGGUAUCGAUGAAUAUGCGCGUCGGCGAAGAUUUCGUAAGAACGAAAUGCCGCUUCUGGGCAAGGCGGGGCGGCAAUCGGAUAAAAUCUUUAAGAGGUUCCGCAUACUUAUAUUAUGGAUUAUAUUGCGUUGAAAUGUACUUGCAAGUACAUACGUUGUCGUCGAUCCAUUAGAUAUGUACACUGACAGCACUAGCCAAAACACAGUACAAGUAGAGUUCAUUGAUCACUGACCACUAAGUGCCCACCGGCACUCCUGCGCUGAGAUCGUCCUCGGGAUGGAUAUGGCGACGACGCCCGACGAAGAUUCACCAAUGUAUGAAUUGUACAAUGAUAAUCAGGCUUUUCUGCGCAAUGAAUAUAAUCCAAGCGCGAUCGACUGUACGCCGACAAAAUUUUUGAAUUUAACCACAUAUCACACAUCUACGCCUCGCACUUCUCUCUUUUUUAUUUAAAUAUGCACUAGAUGUGUAUGAAGGAAAGCAGUGGCUCUCAAUUCGAGUACCACUUACGUUUAUCAUUAACGCAUCAUCGUCAUCAUCGUGAAUAUACACACAAUAACGUUGUAGAGCAAAACGCAUUUCUAGCGAUUACCGAGGGCGCGUCCACCGGGCGCGACUAUGCGUCACAAAGGGCAGCGCAGGGCGGUGGCGGUAUCGCUACAACGAGGGAUAGCGCAAAUGGGUAAAGACUCUUAUCUAUAGAUUGUGAUAUUUUUGGAAUGCAUAUCUAUUUUAAAUGCAAGUAAAUGUCAAAACGUAAGAUAAACAGAAGCGCGCAUAUCAACUAACUUGGCGUCAAAAAUGUCAGAUGAAGAGGAUACUACUAUAUUAUUAAAUCAUGGAAAUAACAAUAUUGAAUCAAUAGCAAAUAAAUCAGUGAAUGAAGAUUAUCAAUGUAUUCUUGAGAGAAAUUUAAAAAAACAAAUUCCUAAACAAAAUGAUAACUUAAUACCAUUGCAAAAUAUAACAUCUAGAAAGCAAAAUAUUCUAAUUUCAAUGGUGGCAUUGUCAGCAGGUAUAGCUUUUGGUUGCGAUAUGUAUAUAAUAAAACCAAUGGCACCUUUUAUCAAAAAUGAAUUUGAGUUGAAUUGCUUUGAAGUAAAUCUUCUUAUUGGUAUUUGGUUUAUGGGUGCACUCCUUGGAGGAUUAACUGGUGGCAUUGCAAUAGACUCUUUUGGCAGACGUUGGACAAUGAUAUUAAUGCUGAUGUUUUUAAUAUUUGGUACCAUUUUAUCUGCAUUAGUUAAUCAUUAUGUUUUAUUAUUAAUCUCUCGAAUCAUUUGUGGUUACUCUAGUACAGUAUCUACAAUAUCCCAUUGCAUAUAUAUGGCUGAAGUAUCAGAGUCAAAUAAACGAGGAUAUAACAUUAUAUUGUAUCAAUUAGGUGCAGCUAUAGGAUUUUUAAUAACUAUUAUUGCUGCUUUUUCUACAACUUUGGAUCAUCAAUGGCGGUGUUCGCUAGGCAUAACCGUUAUCUCUGCAUUAAUAGCUUGCAUUAUUACUGUUCUGUUUCUUCAGAAAUCUCCACCAUUUUUAUUAUUAAAAAGAACAAAAAAUGUUAUUUCUAAAACAACAUCUAAAGGUUCAAAACAUACAGUUUUUGAAAUAUUGUCAAUCAUGGUUUUUAUGAUGAUUUUACAACAAGGAACUGGCAGAGAACAAGUUUUAUAUUAUGCACCAAGAUUGUUUGUUCUUUUGGGAAUUUGUUCAAAUACAGCAGAAGUUACUUCUUUACUAUCUUUGGGAAUUGUUAAAAUUUUCAGUACAAUUUUGUCAUUAGUGAUAGUAGAAAAAUGUGGAAGACGUACAGCUCUAAUAACAUCGGCUACAAUAUGUAUGACAACUAUAUCAUUAUUAUCUUUACUUGCAACAAUAGAUAGGGAUAGUAACAAUAUAGAUAUUGAAGAUACACAUUGCAAACUUGUUACUGAAAAAAAAAUACAGAACAUUAUACCAAUUGGAUCUCCACCACCAUUUCCUUUAUUGCCUACACCUUUAGCUGUAAUUGAAUCAACUCCUGAAACUUGGACACAAAUAAAAGCAUCCUGUGAGACUCAAGGUGUUGUCUUCUCAGAAGGUUUCACAAAUGGUUUACGUAUCUUAGCAGUGACAACUUUACUUGUAUAUGAAGCAGCAUAUACAUUAGGGCUUGGCCCAGUCCCUUUACUGAAUCUAAGUGAAUUUUUUCCUGUAUCAAUACGUGGUAAAUGUGCUAGUUUUGCAACAACUGUUAUGUGGACAACUCAUAUCUUAACUAUUGAAACUGUCAAUAAAAUUAUAAAAUCAAUGACUUUAGCUGGUUCUUAUUUAUUUUAUAGCUUUAUGUGUCUAAUCACUAUAUUUUAUAUCUUUUUAUUUAUUCCUGAAACAAAAGGAAAAUCUUUACAUCAAAUAGCUCAAGAACUUAAUAAAAUUUCUAUAGUUACACGAUUAUGUAAAAAUGUGUAUAGUUUACCACUUAUUUGUCACAUCAAAUGGAUCAAAAAGUAUGAAAAUACUACAAGUAAGAAACAGAGCAUUUUAAUUUAAAAGCUGGUUAAAAAUGUAUGAUAAUUUAAAAUGUUCUUAAAUUUUUAUGUAUAAUCUAGUCAAUUAAACAUAUCAGAUAAUUUAUUUUUUUUAUAUACACAUUAUGAAUAUGUAUAUAAAUUCACAUUCUUUAAAUUUUUACUAUUUUAUUUAACAGUAGAUUUUAUUAAUAUGUAAAGAAGCAUUUACUACAACUUACAUUAUUAUAUGUUAUUAAAAAAUCGUAUUUCAUAUAAGAUAUUGUUACAAUAUAAAAUAAACGAAAAAUAAAGCAAACGAAUAUCGCAGAUGUUAUUAUUCGAUUAUGAUUCAAAUAAACACUGGUAGAUUUUCCAUGUUUGAUCUUUCUUUGGUUUGUUAAUACAUUGAGGGUCGCAUUACUCAUUUGCAUUAACAAGCAACUAUGUUUAGUGAUACGACACUAAAUAUGUUAAAAUUUUUAUAUUAAUUCUUCCUUAACUUAAUCUGUGAUAAAGGCACUUUUACCAUUAUGAUCAUAUAAUGAAUAUUUAUUUCAUGACUAGCAGUUGUUUAGAAAGUGAACUUCAUGCAGCUUAUCUUAUUAUACUGCAUUUUCAUAUAUAUAUAUUGUAUAUAUAUACAGAUGAGGGAGAGAGGAAGAGAAGAGAGAGAGAGAGAGAGAGAGAGAGAGAGAGAGAGAGAGAGAGAGAGAGAGAGAGAAAGAAAA